GAAUCUGCCACGAAUGUGUCUUUGAAGACGUUCUUUGUUUCAUCAGUUUCAUCAAGAGUGACUCUUGCCUCUUGGUUUCAUUGAUUCAGUUUUUGCUCGGCAACAAUGCCUCCCAUCACCUGUGCCAUUUGCUCGGAGAAUGCGUCCAAAUACAAAUGCCCUCGCUGCCUCAUACGGUAUUGCUCUCUAACGUGCUUCAAAAGCCACAAGGAGUCCUGCUCCGAUGAUGCACCAGCCCAGUCUCAACAGGGUCCCGAUGGCACGGCAACAAGUGCCAGCAGCGGAAUGCGGCCAACCAGCGGUGCUCCAUCCACGGCAGGAAACACAAGCAGUAGACCGUCGCCAGACAGUGAAGAGGACGAGGACAAGGACCGUGUUACGGCUGAGCAGCUGCAGGCUCUCGGUGUGUCUGCCCCGCUGCGGGACAUGUUGCACAACCAUCACCUGCGCGACGUGCUGCGCGGCGUCGACGCGUCCGCCAGUGCCACGGUGGCGCUCAAGGCGGCCAUGCAGCUGCCCAUCUUCAGCGAGUUUGCCGACGAGUGCCUGAGAGUGGUGGCGGAGAACGGCAAGGCCGACGACCUGGUCUACACGGCGGGACAGGCGCGGCCGGCCAAUCCGCUGCAGGGUCUCGGCCUGCUCUGAAGGCUAUGCUAGUGCAGGGUCUCGGCCUGCUCUGAAGGCAAUGCUAGUGCAGGGUCUCGGCCUGCUCUGAAGGCAAUGCUAGUUCAGAGUCUCGGCCUGCUCUGAAGGCAACGCUAGCGAGCACGGUGUGAACCGUGAUCGCGACAGCGGCCGUCAGCACUGCGUGUCUCUGCUCUUUACGGACACGUGAAGUAACCCGCUGCUGCGCGGAUGGUCCAGUCCGUCUCGGCGGCACAGCAGUUUUCGGCAUUGCCGCUUCAAUGCCUAACUGCACGUACCUACACAGCGGAGACAUAGCAGCUGACACUGCAACUCCGUAACAGAGUACUUUGGCUAAACAAAACAACAUCUGACACAACGGGCGGACAGGGUAGUGUCAGACAUCUUGCCGUGCGGGCCAGCGCCGGCACGUUUGAACUGCAGAGCACGCCAGUAAAGAUGGCCAGCAGUGCAUGCUGCAUGCUGAGUGACGUAUCCACGCCAAGUGUGAGCACCAGCAGCAGCCGCUGCCAACACAGUGCACUUCAUCUUCUGCUCAGUGUUUCUUGUCGCCCCUGGACAGUAGUAGUGUCGCCACCGUAUUCACAUCUACAGUACAUGUACUCCGUCUAUCGAUCAGCAGAUAGGCAAGAUUGUGGGUCCCCAUGAAACCUCUAGCAGUGGAUUUGCCAAUGCUAUCCACAUGUAGACAGCCACCCGCAGCAGACAUUGCUCUUGACUGUCAUUAUCAACCCUCAGUGCAGCAGCCACAUGGGCGAAUGGUACUGUAUUGUGCUGCUCAAGCGCUUGUGUGUGUUGUGCGAACCGAUGCUUUUCAUUUCCCCCGUGGGUAGCUGUGUUUGCGGCACAUGCGUGCACCCGGCAGUGUUUCUUGGCGGACCUCCGAUCUUUACUGUGGGCUAUGCCAAUGUGGAAAUAUGGCGUUUGUUCACCACACACCCAAUGUACUGCUGCUGGCGCUGACCAAAUACACACUAUGUCUCUGUACUUUGGCUCUGUUCUUGCGCGCUUGCCUCCUGUUCCAAAAUCAUGUUCGCUAUUCUGCUUCUGCACGCACCGAUCAUAACUUUUGUUAUUCUUUCAUUGAACCAGACCACGGCGUCCGGGUGUGUCUGUUUAUUUGUGAGAGAAGUCUCACAGGUUUCACUGUACUCAG